GUUCCAUAGUUUGGGAGCGUAGUGGCUGAAAGCAGCGUCACUAAAUGUUUUUGUUCUGCUCUUAGGAACAGCUAAAAGAGAGGAGCCGGAGGGUCUAAUAUCAUUACAUUGUGCUCCAAUGAUUAACAAUUUAAAAAAUGCAUCCAAAUGCAAAUAAACGUAAAUUGGAUAAUGCAUUGAUUCAAUUAACUCACUAUGAGGAGGUGAGCAUUGCUUCUUGCUCCCACGGGAGUCCUUUGCUGUGCUUUCUCACACCUGACAGAAUUUACAUAAUCGCCCCAUGGACACGUUUUCAUCCAAUGUGCGACUCUCUUACUGGUUACCUAACAACGCAGCCUCCAAUAACAAAGACGUUUGGUUUGAAGCCGGUGGAGGAAAAGACUUCAAAAAAACACCAUCAGCUGCAGCAGCAGAGCCAGCCGAGCCAGCCUACCUGCUGACUGUCGAGACUUCUCCGCUUGACCCCACAUCAACACCGAGGGAGGAUUUCAUGCUCGUUUUUGCUCCUGAGAAGGGCUCUGUACCAGUGUGAGCUUUGGAUCCACCGUCUGACUGAUACACCCCCCGUGUUGGUAGCUCAUGACCUCUCAUCCUCCUACCCUGAUGUGUCGGUGAUAUGGGAGAGUGGUGGACAACUGUGCCAUUAGGGACAUCUAUGGGAAACUAUGAGAUCUCCAGCAUAUCACAUGUGACAAUGUCCCCGUCAAGGCAGAACAACCUUGUGUCGAUGUAUUCCUCUUUACCCCCUCUGUUGAGAAGCUCCUACAAUAUGUUAAGUGCCUUUUGCACUGAAGAUAACAUUCCUCACUGCAUUACAUACGUCAAUCAGGAGCUGGUCUCACUAGGCCUCUCCUCGACAUGUAUCGAGGCCACCUCAUCGGGGGAAGCCAGUCUGAAUGCAGUGCCAGCCCUGAACGCCAUGUAUGAGCUGCUCCAGAUUCAUCGACGCAACAUGUGCUCACUAGAGGAGCUUGAGAGGGAGCAGUUGAAGAAAUCAAGCUCUUUGGAACACGUACAGAUGAACAAUUCCAGACUCAAGGAUCAAUUGGAGCUGUCCAUAAGAGAGAAAUCUGGUCUGCAUGAGACAGAGAGGCAGCUGCAGCUCAAGAUUAAGACACUGCAGAGCUGUCUGAAAACAGAAAAAGAUGAGGUUCAGAAGCUGCAGAGUAUCAUUGCCAGUCGUGCCUCUCAGUACAGUCAUGAUGCCAAAAGAAAAGAAAGAGAAGCUACAAAACUCAAAGAACGCCUCAGUCAACUACUGGUGGAUAGAAAGGAGAAGAAACUAUCUAUCGAUGUCCUGAACAGCUUGGGCCGGUCAGAUGGAAAAAGGAGCCACUGGAAGAAUGCAAAAGGGACAGCCAGCCACGAGGGGGACAUGUACAAGUCCUUGCUCAGCGACUAUGAGGCCACUCAGAAGUCUUUGAUGCUGGAGAACGCUGAGCUCAAGAAAGUCCUCCAGCAGAUGAAGAAAGAGAUGAUACACAUCCUGAGUCCACGGCAGCCUUCUACCAGAGGAGCCUCUGCUGAGGACAGCCAGGAGAUGUUGGAUUCAGAUGGGGAGGAGAAGACAGCUGACUCCAGCAGGGAAACUCUGGACCAGUCCUGUGAGCAUGCAAGGGAACAGCUCACCAACAGCAUCCGGCAGCAGUGGAGGAGACUGAGGAGCCACAUGGAGAAAUUAGACAGCCAAGCCUUACAGGUGCAGAAUCAGCUGGAGUCCAAUAAAGAGGUGAUACCAAGAGAGACCCAUGAGGACGAGAUGGAAAGGAUGAGACAUGAAGUGCAGCAGUGUAAAGAGUUCAUUCAUGCACAGCAGCAGCUCCUCCAGCAACAACUGAACACAUCAUUUGACGAUGAGACGGCAGCUCUUCUUAAUGACUGCUACACACUGGAGGAGAAAGAGCGCCUCAAGGAAGAAUGGAGGUUGUUUGAGGAACAGAAGAGGAACUUUGAGAGGGAGAGGAAGAACUUCACAGAGGCUGCCAUUCGCCUGGGGAGAGAGAAAAAAGCCUUUCAGGAGGACCGUUCUGCUUGGCUCAAGAAUCAGUUUUUGAACAUGACUCCUUUCACAGACAGGAGGUUUUCCUCGUCUGACGGUCAAAGUGCCUUAUCCAUCAAAAGUGAACCUGAGAUGAGGAUGUCUUCCACAAAAGCUCCACUGGCCAAAUCCUCAACCUACGCAACAUUCUCCACUCCUAAAGCAACACAAAGUGCUACUGUGCCAUCCACAACAGAGCUGUACCGAACACUCCGCCUGAUACCAGACAGCAGUUCCUCCAGACUUUCAAAUCGAGGAUAUUGGCAAGACUCCAGCAGCAUUGAAGAUGGAGAUGCCCGGUUUAAGUCAAAAAACAGAGUACGGUGUACAGACCUGAGUAUCUUCUCCCUGGGUGAAGAUGAGAAUAGCCUCACUUGAACUUCCAGUGCCUUUUUGGGGGGAUUUUGCAAUGGACUUAAGCAUCUUCAUCGUGGCGGGACUCCACUACUGCUGCCAGACACUGCACAUCUUUUUGCAGCAUUGCUUUUAUGUCGUUUCAUUAUGGACAUGCACUGCUCACUCACCAAAGCUGAACAAACCAGAAAGCACUUUAAUGACCCUGAGAUUCUUUAUUUUCAAACAAAUCAGCACUGACAAAUCAGCUGUUCAGUGGAGGGGAUGUACCAAGUGGUGAUAGUUUAGCAUAAGACUAACUUGUUUACAUAUUCUACAUGGCUAAAGUAUGAUUUUAACUAAAGUAUAUAUUGACAUUAGAUUGAUAAUGAGUGUAACUCCACAAUAAAGAGAUUUUUAAUGAA